CACAAAAGAUGGCGUCGCAAAGCUCUGACUGCAAUGACCACGAAGACAGAAUUAAAGUGGGAAUUUUAACAGUAAGCGAUAGCUGCUCUAAGGGAAAGGCUGAAGACAAAAGUGGAAGCAAUUUGAAGAAAUUGGUCACAAAUAAAGAAGGACUGAAUGGGGUCAUUGUAACUCAAGCCAUAGUACCUGAUGAUGUCAGACAAAUAAAGGCAACAAAGUCUGUGAUUGAAAAAGAAUGCCCUGGUAUGGCUGUUGCUAUGUUGAUGGGAUCACUAAAAAUUACACCAAUGGCUAUGUUAUCAAGACCAGUGUGUGGGAUACGUGGUAAGAGUCUUAUAGUGAAUCUUCCUGGCAGUACCAAGGGAUCACAGGAAUGUUACGAGAUCAUCUUGCCAGCAUUACCUCAUGCAAUACACCUACUACAUGAGAAGAUGGAUAGAAUACGUGCAGUACAUUCCAAUUUACAACAGCAUGAUUGUCACGGACAUCAUCAUCGUCUUCCACAUCGCCCCUCCGAUCACCAUCACCAUGGUAACCACCGUGCAAAAGAAGACUGUAAUCACCAUAAGCAUCAUUUCCAUGUCAGAGAAGAUGGUGCAGAGACCAAUGGUAACUCACAACCAAAGCAUCAUGAUAUAGAGAAGAUAGCACGUCGUCCGCGUCACUCCCCAUAUCCUAUGAUCACAUUUGAUGAUGCAGUGGAAAGAGUUAUGAGUAACACCCAUGUAUCUGACAUCAUAUCAAUUUCUAGUCAAGAUGCAUUAGGUUGUAUACUUGGUUGUGAUGUAAAAGCUAAGGUAGCUGUACCACCAUUUCCUGCAUCAAUCAAGGAUGGCUACGCUGUCAUUGCUUCUGAUGGUAUUGGUGAUCGUCAGGUAAUCAGUGAUAGUCUGGCUGGGGAUAUGCCAUCUUUAGAGGUCAAACCAGGUCACAUUAUGAGAAUUACUACUGGUGCUCCAUUACCACCUGGUGCUGAUGCUGUAGUUCAAGUUGAAGAUACCCAGCUUAUCAAAGACACAGAUGAUGGAUGCACUGAACUUGAAGUCCGUAUUUUAAAAACGCCCAAAACAGGUCAAGAUAUCAGACCCACAGGUGUUGAUAUCGAAGCGGGGCAAACCAUCCUGUGUAAAUUUAUCAAAUUAGGCCCUUCAGAGCUUGGUUUAUUGGCAUCUGUUGGCGUGACAACAGUGGAUGUGUAUCGUAAACCAACUGUAGCUGUUAUGUCAACUGGUAAUGAGCUGAGCCUAGUUUUACAGUCGUUAGUUGAGAGAAUCCAAUGGUGUUUAGAGAAAGCCGAUAUUGUUAUCACAACAGGGGGUGUGUCUAUGGGUGAAAAGGAUCUCUUGAAGUAUGUUUUACAAGUCAAACUUGGUGCCACUCUGCACUUUGCAAGAGUUUUUCUCAAACCAGGGAAACCUACUACAUUUGCAUCAUUGGAUUAUAAUGGUAAAAAAAAGCUGUUCUUUGCUUUACCUGGUAAUCCAGUAUCAGCUGUGGUAUGUUGUAAUCUGUUUGUUGUUCCAUCUUUGAGAAAAAUGAUGGGUAGUCAAUAUCCUCACCUUACCAAAAUAAAAACAAAGUUGUCCACUGAUGUGACACUAGAUCCUAGACCUGAGUUCCACCGUGUUGUUGUACACUAUUCUGUUGAUGAUCCAAUACCUACAGCACUGAGCACUGGAAGUCAACAGAGUAGUCGUCUACUAAGUCUGAAGUCAGCAAAUGCACUCUUGUGUCUUCCUCCAAGAACUGAAUAUAAGUCAGAGAUGAAAAAAGGCUCUCUUGUUGAAGCGUAUAUAAUUGGUGAUGUCUAGCACAAUUACAACCAUGCUUGAUCUAUAACAUAUUUUCUCUAUUACUGGUAGUAGCAAUGCAUUUAUGUAAAUGACAGGUAUUUCUUUGGUCAAAUUAAGUCAUAUUUUAAUGAUCAAUUUUUGGUUUAUUUCUCUUUUUGUUAGGGCUUUAGUCCUUGUAAUAAAGCAAAUAUGGUGUACAGUGUGCUAACCCCCCCC